CAGGACAUUCCCGUUUGUUCUAAUGCCCCGCGUGUUGCUUCGUUGACGGUGCAAAAGUGAGCUCGGAGCCUUUACAGGUCGCACAGCAGGCAGUGCCGUGAACGGGGUGUCCGAGUGAUGUAAAUUUGCGUCAAAGUUCUUCUUUUUGAUGUCUGUCGGCGGCGACACGGCUAUUAGACACACUCGCCUAACUUAAACCCGAUUCGACGUAAACCACCGGAACACCAACCCCCCUCUUGCCAAUGUCCGAAGGUCGCCGGCCGGUGUGCCCAAGGACGUAGCACACUAGCAUUUGCCCCUUCAGUCGGAACCCCGUUAGUCGGUGCGAUGGCGGAAGCGAUCAUUGCGGACUGGAUAUCCGACUACGGUGCAUUGCAGGAAUCGGAACUGCGAACGUUCGCGGCCCAGCACGAGAAUGAUUUCGAAAUCGCGAAGGCGCUCUACAGCAUCCUGAACGAGCGCACCAAGUACAAGGACCUUAUUCAUCCGAUCUGCACCCAGCUGUGCAACUUCUACCGCUCGAACGAGGUGGAACUGCGCCGGUUUACGCUACAGUUUGUGCCGAUGUUGAUUUAUCUCUAUCUCAACUCGGUGGCGCUCGGUGAUAAGAAGGGCUGCCGGUCGAUCGAAACGCUCCUGAUCUGCAUCUACAACAUCGAGGUCAGCUCGGACGAUGGCAGCCCCAAGGUGGUUUCCUUUCGCAUGCCGGUGCUGGCGCAAGCAUCCGUUUACCAUGAGGAAAAAAGCUUACAACCCAGCGAUCUGCGGCGGUGGGAGGAAAACAGCAACAAGGACAUCAACUGGGGCCCACUGCCGUCGAUAGAGUCCAUAAACGCGCAGAACCGGCUUAAGGUGAUGACUGCAUUGCUGUUUACGUACAACCAGCAACUCAGCCAGAUCCAUAAGCCAGCUUUGUACCACCUCUGCAAGACCACCUCGCUGCUGGUGAACCAGGGCUUCCCGAAGCUGCCGGGCGGCCACAUGCACCGCUCGUCCUACGGGAGCGACCCGAUCUCGCCCCAGCAACCGCUGGCGAUGGCCGCGCCCUCGCACGUGGUCAGGCCCCCGCCCCGGAUCGCGAUCAACGCCCAGUUCCUGGUGGAGCUGGCGCACGCCAACUACUUCGCGAUGUUCAACGAGUUUGCGUCGGCCGCCAUGGAGGCGGUGACGGAUCUGCACAGCCGCGCGUGCUACGAAAUGCUUCCCGAGGUUAUACUGGUAACGAACGCGAUACGAAACUCGCUGCACGCGAAUCCUUCCGGACAACCAAGCGACGGGCCGAUGGGUAUUAGUGUCGCACUGACGCCCGCCACCACGACGGUCACCGUGUCCAAGUCGAUGAUCACGAACGCAUCCUUCCGGACUAAGAAGUUGCCAGACGAUCUGGAGGUAGAGUUUGUCGCUGCCCUGCAGUCGACACAACAGGAGAUGAUGAGCAAGCUGGCGAUGAUCGAUUCCGACGUGGCGGCCAACGGCGGCUGUGCCGGCGGCGAUCCAACGGACCCCGACACCGGCAGCCCUCGCACGGAGCCGAAAAAGAAGGAAUCGUCACGGAAGUGGAAAAACUGGGGCUGGAAAUCGAACUUGACCGGAGCGCCCACUACCGCGGCCGAACGCUCGGGUGGUGGAACGGUCGGGCAGAAGCAAGCCAGCAUCGAGGAGGAAGCCGACUCGCCGAAACGAUCCGGUGCAUCGACGCGCAACUCGAGUCCGGCCGAUUCGCCCAAACACAAGCUACUGCUCGGGACGGGCAAAGUCGAGGACGUCAACUCGGGCAGCAGCGUCUCACCGGCGUCGCUGCGGAGGAAGAAGUUUUUGUCAAGUAAAAAUCAAUCACCGAUAAACCGGUCGGAAGCACGCGCCAGUGCCGGCGCUCGGCUCUACGAAGAGCUGGACAGUAGUCUCCAGGACUCGGACACGGACGAGCUGGCGGCGCUGAUAGUAAACGGACGACCGGCAACCAUUCAUCUCAUACAGCAGUCCACUAUCCCCGAUGAUAUUCCAAUACAGGGUCCAACCAAGGAGGAGAACGGAGGCUUGCAGCACCUGAGCAGCAUCAACGAAGAGAGUGAGGGCGGCGCCGACGGUGGCACGAAAGCGGGCGUCGCGUCGACUCCGGGCAAACCGAAGGACUCCAAAACCCAUAAGGUGCUGGUUGGGUUCAAGAAGUUGAAACCGGAAAAGGAAAAGGAUAAGGAUAAAGACAAGGACAAGGAAAAGGAGCGGGACAAAGAGAAAGAUGGCGGUGGUACCAUUCCUGCCAUGCUGCUUUCCAGUGGCGCAACAGGUGCUACCGUGGGCGCUGGUGUCGGCUCUGGUGCAACGGUGGUCAGCGGAUCAUCGCUGGUCGAAGAAGCGAAAGCCCUGAUGGCAACAACCAAGAAGAUUAAUUCUAAGGAAAAACUAAGCGCGUCCGGCAUCACUGGUGGACAACCGGCCACCCUGGUCGUGCUGUCGAACGGUAGCAUUCUGAUGGGGGCCAAUCCUUGCGGCACGACGGCGAACGGGGACGGCACUGACGUUCCCGUGCUGACCACCCUGACCCCGGCCGGCACCGCCAACGGUGGAACCAUGCUCGGGAAACAGGCGCUCGACAACAUUGGCGAAUCGUUCGACUCGGGCAACGAACUGCUUCAGCAGCACGGUGGACACCUCGGACACAGCAACAGCAACAGCAACGGUAGCAACACCAUUAAAACCACCGUGAUGGACAUGAAGAGUCACGGCAGCAUACAAGUUAGUCAAGUCUAGUUAGUACCGGCGCUAGUAUUCGGUGUUGAUGUUUCUAUUUUUACGUGUAUAUUUUUCCUUCGCUAUCAGUUUAGAGAAAUGGAACACCAAACCUAUUUAAAAUGCGACCUACCAUCCGACCUUCAUGCGUACAUGUGGCUAGUGUUUUUAGAAGUCUGCGCCAUGCUGCGAUCUUGCAACCAUCCGGUUCUCGCACAUAAAAUUGGCCAUAUACUGAGCCCCCGGUUCAUGAUCACGCUGGGCCGGGUUAAGCCGAAGUUUGAUUUUUGUAUUAUGACCACGCACACGUCGGUUUUUUGGGGGUUCACGGGACAAAGCGGGAUCUUGCUUUGGAUUGAAAGUAUUUUGCUUGUUUUGUAAGUCGUCCAUUUGUGUUUAUCCUAAAUUUUUGUGAUAGUUUGUUUACUUUGUAGGGUUUUUUAAAAAUAUUUCUUCAGUGCUAUUUUGUUAAAUUACGUUAUUUGUUUUACCAGUUUUCGUUCUUUGUUUUUUCAUCGUGUAUCGAAGUAUCGUUUAUCUCCCUGUUUUUCUACCAAUCGCCAUUCGCCGCACUUUCUAAUUGUCGCUUGCAAGAAGGGACCGCACCGAAGCAAUAUUAACGGCCUAUUCGACAUUCGGUUUAUAGUCGCCAUUCAAUUCCAUCACUUCAUUGGCGUGCAAAUCACACGAAGCUCCCUUUGGUUAGGCUCUGUGACAAUGGCUGAGUAAUGCGUCGCUCGCAGUUUGAUCAGUAAUACCUUUGAGCGGUGUAACGAAAAGGGGUUUGGUAUGAUUAGUCGCCGUUUGACAUGCCCCAUUUUUGUUUUGUUCAAUCUGAAUGCCACAUCCACGCGGAAUCCGUCAACAGCUGUGGAGGAUCUAAUGGCUCGCUCCGUCUCAGCUCCGAGUUCGCAUUGGUGGUGGAACCGUUGCUAAUGAGUCGUCGUACACGGUUGUGUACAUUGGGAAGACGAAGGGAAGAGCAUGACGCGUUGCCAUGGCAACAUAUCUUCCACAAUAAUAGUGUGCCAACAAAAAGUCGCGUGUGCUUGUUUCUGGUUUUGGCCCCCGUCGGCGAAUCUCUCAAUGGAGCGGCUCUCGGAUGCAGGCUCGGACCUUUUCGCAAGUCAUUCGCGUGUUUUUAUUGAUCUGUUAUGUGUGUCAGCCAGCGAAUGUUUUGCCGCUCUUCAACCGUUCUACGGAAACUAAUAAGAAAGCAAUACUAUCGAUUCACAAACACAGAUAAGCGGCGAUAGGAAAGUUAAGCCUGCGGAACCAGAUUCCCAGGCUGGUGGCUUUAAAGAAGAAAGACAAUUUCGCUAUUUUCGUUCGAUCCUGCUGUGCUGGUUUACCGGAUCCCACUGUUGGGAAUAAAAUUAACAAAACGAAUAAGACAGUCACGCCACUGCAAAGCAAUAGAUGGUAUUAACUUACUACUAACGAAACCAUUGGCACGGGGGGUGGACAUCCAAUCAUUUCAGGAGAAUUCAUAAAUCACAGUGUACGAAAUAGACAUAUAAGCGAACGGUGUACGCUACGUGCGUAUAGGUAGUGAACCGAAAUGACUGUUAGUUUCUCGUUUCUAGCGUGAUCGCCAUUGCUGCGAUCACGCGAUCAUCAUCAUCAUCAUCACUAGUUAGCCGCAUCAACUUACUCACCUUCAGUGAUAUUCUCUGCCGAACGAUUUGCUAUCGCUUUCUGGAUAGGGAUUUCGUUUAUAGAUACUUUAUACAAAAACAUCUGUGUUACGUUACGUAGCAAAGUGGAACUCUCCCUUGGUACGGAUCGUUAACUAUUUUUAAAAUACCCAAAGUUUGCAUUUUUCCACCGGGCAUACUCGCAAAUACAUCAUUUCGCUACCACAAACCGACAGAAAGGACACACGCAAGGAUAGUGUGUAUAGUGCGUAGAACUACCAAAUCACAGUCGAAUGGAAUGUACAACAAACAUAGAAGCAUUCUAUCAAAUCGUUAGAACAUCGGUCGGUGUAAAUACUUAAGCAGAACCACAGGUGAUCCGGGCGGGCGCAGCAGGGAAGCUGCAAGCUUAGAAGAACCUGGAACACUCGUUCGCGAUCUGUGUGUCUCUCUAUUCACGUGUCGUUGCCUUUCGGUACCCUUGUCGCCCUCGUGUCCACAACCGCCUGCCGAAACCGUGUUGUUGAUGGGGCAUUAAAAAACAUAUAAAUAUACACACAUUUGCACACUCGCAAUAUACAACCAAAUUUAAACCAGUUUCAAUGUAUUCCAUCUGUGAAAUCAGCGUUCAAAACGGUGUUAGACCUUUGUGGAAAUCAUGGAAUCACAUCAUGGCAAAAUCGAGAGAGAGCGGGCGCCUUUCCCCGGUGCUGUGUUGGUGGUCAGUGGCCGGUGGCUAUCGAAGAUCCCCCGAAAUCGAUAGAUGACCUUCGCCACCGCGUCAUGUAGUGUCGCUGCAAAGUACUGAUGCUCUCGAAACGUAGCAAUUAUCACCACAGAAUCAGACCUUAACACUUGGUAGGGGUACACGCAAUAGAACAGAACGAAGGGUUUAACUCCGCGCUAGGCUAUCGGAUCGGUUGCACUGAACGAAAAGGAUCAAUGGGUUAGUGAAGGGAAUAAAGGGCUAUCGGUUAAAGUGAUGGGUGCCGUCUAUAAACAUAUAAGUGAAGAAAAAAUCUGUAUAGAAAGAGGAUAAUAUAUACUAU